CGCCCGCGAAACGUACAAAGGCAGUUCCCUACUGGAUACUAGUAUUGAGCACUACGUAAGAAGUUAUUGUCCAAGCAGAAUGACUCUCGAAAGAUGUAUGAAAGAAUAUUCCAAGUCCUUCGAGCAUUGCGUGGAUUCGCAACAACUCAAAACUAUCGAGAUAAUCGGUAAAUUUUCAACAUCCACGCUCGAAUUCGUCUGCGAGAAUGACGCCAAGAUGUUUAAGGAUUUGAGUAUCAAUGAAGGCGUGGAAUGUUAUAAUUCGAUUAACGAUCCCGACAAAUGUUGGCCUGCACUGACUACCGGAAUCAAUACUUUAGAAACUUACAAUUUCACUCUGGUUUGGAAUGACGCAACAUGCUCGGAACUGAAAUCCGCCUACAAUUGCAUCAUCGAAAAGAUUCCAAACUGUAAGGGCCAUCAGAUAACUGUAACUUUCGUGAGAGGUGUAUUCGAUGUGUAUCUGGAAAACUUAUGCCGCAGGAAUUCAAGUAAUUCACAGACAUUACCAGUUAUUAGCAUCAGCGCUCUCUUCUCGACUACAAUCACCCUGGCGAUCUGGUCAUGGAACGUUUAAAACUCUUAUUCAGAAAAAAAAUAGAUUUCUAACACGCAACACAGUGUUUCGGCAAAGUAGCGAUGUAACGCUUCAAGUCGAAGUAUUGUAUCGUACUCCUUGAUCUGAUUUCACUCGCUAUUUAGAAUCGUCCUCAAACAUAUACACACUUACUCACACUCUUAUUUUUAGUAUCAUCCAUGUAUUCUCUCGAUUGCGUCAAAGCUCAAUUGCCUUUCUGACCUCUAGCGAUACGGUUCGGAUGUGUGUGCAAAAAUACAGCAUAUCUUUUGUUCGUUAAUCAUCAAUUGUAUAUUGCGCCUCUUCCUUCAGAGAUCAAAUUGUGGUACCCCUCACUUGCCUCAUUUGUCGCCACAAGAUUUAAAGCAAGCUUUUUUCCCGGGUUGCUAUGCAACCCGUACCCUGCUCCGUUGUUUAUUCUUAUUUUUUCGCUUUGUGUCAACGUCGUCACACGCGAAAUAUUAAUAAAAACGCAAAAAGUUAAAAAGAAAUGGGAAAGAAGAGGAAUGACGAUCAUUCACCGUCAAGGGAAAAGAAAAAGAAAGUCUUCACUGAGAGACUAAGAGGAAUGGUGACAAAUAUUAACCGGAAAAAUAAAAAACGUAAGUGGAGAAGAACUUAAUCUGUUCAUACGGGGCGAAAAUGACCACCACGAAAAUUGACUCUUUCUGAAAGAUCAAUUACUGACAAAGAUUUGUUGGUCUCGACACCUUGUUGCUAUGCCAGCGAUUCGAUUGCUCGGCCGCGUGCCUUCGGUCUGACCGGGGAAUGCAACAUGCAUUGUUCAGUUUCCU